CAUGUGUUCCAUCACUAUUUUACCCUCCACUUUGUUUAUGUUUCAACUUUCUGCCAUAAAAUAGCAAUAAAAUAACUUCCCAAAAUGUCGUAUAUGCUCCCACAUUUGCACAAUGGCUGGCAGGUGGACCAGGCCAUUCUCUCCGAAGAGGACCGCGUGGUGGUUAUUCGUUUUGGGCACGAUUGGGACCCUGCCUGCAUGAAGAUGGACGAGGUGAUGUACAGUAUCGCCGAGAAAGUGAAGAAUUUCGCCGUCAUCUAUUUGGUGGACAUCACCGAGGUACCGGACUUCAACAAGAUGUACGAGUUGUACGAUCCCUGCACGGUCAUGUUCUUCUUCCGGAACAAGCACAUCAUGAUAGAUUUGGGCACGGGCAAUAACAACAAAAUCAACUGGCCGCUGGAGGACAAGCAGGAAAUGAUCGACAUCGUGGAAACGGUGUACCGCGGAGCCCGCAAAGGUCGUGGUCUGGUGGUUUCCCCCAAAGACUAUUCCACCAAAUACAGAUACUAAAGUGGGAUUGUGUUCAUAGAUGUGUUUAGAAUACAAAAAAAAAUAAUAAUAGUAAUUAUACAGAUACGAUCCCAAAUACAAAAGACAAAAGAAGUGGCCAAGACAA